CAGAUAUAGUGAAUGCAGGGUCCAGGGAGAGCGGAUAUAGUGAAUGCAGGGUCUGGGGAGAGCAGAUAUAGGAGACCAGAUGUAGUGAAUGCAGGGUCCAGGGAGACCGGAUAUAGUGAAUGCAGGGUCCGGGGAGAGCAGAUAUAGUGAAUGCAGGGUCCGGGGAGAGCGGAUAUAGUGAAUGCAGGGUCCAGGGAGACCAGAUAGAGUGCAUGCAGGGUCCGGGGAAAGCGGAUAUAGUGAAUGCAGGGUCCGGGGAGACCAGAUAUAGUGAAUGCAGGGUCUGGGGAGACCAUAUAUAGUGAAUGCAGGGUCCGGGGAGACCGGAUAUAGUGAAUGUGGGGUCCGGGGAGACCGGAUAUAGUGAAUGCAGGGUCCGGGGAGACCAGAUAUAGUGAAUGUGGGGUCCGGGGAGACCAGAUAUAGUGAAUGCAGGGUCCUGGG